UUGAAAUCGGAUAACACUCUUUUUUUCAGGUUUCUCAUCAACAUCAUUUCUAUCUUUGUGGUGCAUAUUGUGCUCGUCGAAGAUUACGUCGGUAUCAUAAGUGACGAUGAGAAGAAAGAAGAUCCUUUCCUCGUCAUUCCGAAAUUCGAUCGAGUUCCCGUUCUUCUUCUGUUCUACAUGUGGUGGAUGCUUUGUGGAGUUGCUAGUACAGAGGGGCUUGCCGCUCCAAUAACGAUCGCCAUGUAUAAUUGGACAAACGAAGAAGCGGUUCUGUACAACGGCAUCAUACAAGUGAAUCUCAUGUGGAGUGUCGACAUUAGGCUACACGAUUAUCGGUUCGACACGAAUUGGAACAUGGCAUGUUUCAUUGGAUUUGACCUUAAUCCGAUUCUGAAUGGCACAGCAUCUGUAAGUGGUGGUGGAUGUCCUGUUGAGUACGAAUGGUGCGACUACACCCCCAGGGUCCCAAUGGUACUAUAUCUCUUCAACUUCGCUAUUAUUCAAGGCUUCUCCUUUCCGCUAAUAUCAGCACCCUCGAACACACUACUGUCAGAGAUAGUUGGUCCUCGGAAACAGGGUGCAAUUCAAGGACUAUUUGCUUUCACAGGAAGUAUGGCACAGUUCACCGUUCCUAUAUUUUCCACGGCUUUAUUUGAAACGUCUGGCUACAAAUACAUCAUGGUGUAUCAUUUGGUGGCGAUUACUUUGGCUGGAUUGAUGGUCUUUAUACUGCGUGGACGACUCGUCCCGCUCGAAAUGACCCCUUCAGCUGGGAAGGCGACAAAGUAUAAACGAGGAACGUUCUACCGAAUGUGA